AUGUGGUUCAAAGCUGCCAUCAUGGAGACCGUUCUUGUCAUCGGAGCUACUGGAAAUAUCGGCGUCUCUGCUGUUACCGCUGCCUUGCGCUCCAAGCGCAAUGUUCUGGCUGUUGUCCGAAACCAGAGCUCGGCGGACAAACUCGUAAGGUACAUUGGGUCAUCGAAUGGAAUCACUUUCGCCGAAGCCAAUGUUCUGUCGGACUCGGGGGUCAAGGGUGUCGUCGACCAAGUCCGAGAGGGAAAGCUCCCGGCUUUCCAGCAUGUCUUUUCAAGCGUUGGCGGCGAGUACACUACAACUCCACUUCCCCAGAUCACCACCGCCCAGCUACGCAAGAAUUUUAACAUCUCAUUUGAAGCAAAUUUCUUUGCCUACAGAGAUACGAUUGAGUAUCUGCUGGAACAGAAGAACCCUGCUAGCACAUGGACGAUUUGUACCGGGUCACAAGGUGACUUGGCAACUCACCCGGUGCCGGCCAUGACGCAAGGCGCCUUGUUUCCCAUGACUACUGCCGCUGCACGUGAGAACGAGUCCACGAAUGUCCGUUUCAAUGAGAUCUACCUUGGAUUCCGCGUCGAGACAGAUGACCUUGCUGUGGAGCAUGGGGUAACGAAGGCAUCGGACUUUGGCAAUGUCUAUGAGAUGAUCCUGGCCAAUCCCGAAGUCCGUAGCUCACGCGUACGGGUCGACGAUGUUGAUGAUCUCAAGAAGCUAAAGUACCAGAAAAAAUUCUAG